AUGGCGCUGGACUUGCAGCCGCCCGACGGUCGCAAACGGGUCAAGGUCUACGAACUGAGGGAUAAUGACUGGUUUGACCGGGGAACGGGUUUCUGCACGGGGCAGACCUUGGGGGAGGAGCCUCGGAUAUUCGUCGAAUCGGAAGAUCAGCCCAAUCGCGUGCUUCUUGAGACCAAGAUCACCAAGGAUGAUGGCUAUCAGAAGCAACAAGAAACCUUGAUCGUUUGGACGGAACAGAAUGGCACGGAUAUGGCGCUGAGUUUCCAGGAGGCAGAAGGUUGCGCGGUGAUCUGGGAUUUCGUCAACACUGUCCAACAACAUCUCCUCAGCCUGGCGGCUGCCGAUGAUGCCCUAUCAGACGACCUCGAAAGUUACCAGUCUAUCGUGUUACCGGCGCCAGAACUCGGAAACCUCGCCGAAAUAGAACAGAUCGUCCGAGCUGCGAGUAUGACCCAGGCCGGCCGUGACGCACUUUGCAAAUUCAUCAUUCGCGACGAGUACAUCUCUAAACUUGUACCAUUAGUGCAGAUGGCCGAGGACCUGGAGAGCCUAGCCGACUUGCAUCGCCUUUGCAACAUCAUGAAAUCCUUGAUUCUUCUCAACGACAACACCAUCAUUGAAACUGUGGUUGCUGACCCGGUUAUUCUGGGAGUGGUUGGGGCUCUCGAAUAUGAUCCCGAAUUCCCAACACAUAAAGCAAACCACCGACAGUAUCUGGCCGACCAGUCGCGUUACAAAGAAGUAGUGCCCAUCAAGGACCCCAUCAUCCGCAGGAAGAUCCGGAGCACCUGGCGCUUGCAAUACCUAAAGGAUGUGGUGUUGGCUCGGAUCCUGGACGACCCGACCUUCUCCGUGCUCAACUCCCUGAUCUUCUUCAACCAGAUGGAGAUUGUCAACCAUAUCCAGUCGAAUGCACAAUUCUUACGCGAACUUUUUGCGGUCUUCGACCCGAGAAACCUGGACGCAAAGCGCAAAGACGACGCCGUGCAGUUCCUCCACCAAUGUGCAGCAAUCGCAAAGAACUUGCAGACCCCGGCGCGCGCUAACCUCUUUACCAACUUCAUCAACUACGGCUUAUUCGCCGUUAUCGCCUUUGCCGUGAAACACCCGAACCCAGCGAUGCGCACAACUGGUAUUGAUAUUCUGAUGGCCUUGCUCGACCAUGACCCCGUGAUUAUGCGUGGGUACAUGCUCAAGGCCGUUAACGAGAAGAAGACGCCGCUCACCGACACAUUGAUUGACCUCCUCCAUACCGAGACCGACCUUGGAGUCAAGAAUCAACUCUCUGAGGCGGUUAGGAGCCUUCUUGACCCGCAGGUUCCCCUGCAAGACCCACUCGGACGACCUGGACCCGACUACUUCAAGGCUCGUUCCGCUAACCUUCUUUCCGAUACAUUCGUUCAACAACAUUUCGACGAGUCUGCCAAACGUCUUUUCCGGCCUCUCAAAGAACUUGCCAAUCGUCAUAACCUGAAUGACUUGACCUUCCAAGAGGUCACGCUCUACUCGCAUCUUGUAGAGAUCCUCACCUUUUUUGUUCGUCAGCAACAAUACCGUGCACGCAAUGCGAUCCAUAACGAGUCUCUCGCGCCCCGGGUUGCCCAGCUCCUCACAGCCCCCCAAAAACACCUAAAACUCGUUGCCCUCAAAUUUUUCCGUGCUCUAGUUAAUGUUUCGGACACCUUCUGGCAAGCUCUCAUCACACAUACCCCUGCCUUCGGGUUGUGUCUCGACAUCAUCUACGAAACCAUGCCCCGCGACAAUCUUCUAAAUUCUGCCUGCCUCGAGCUUUUCGACUACAUCAAGCGUUCCAAUUGCAAGUCUUUUAUCAUUCAUAUAGUGGAGGAAUACCGCGAGAAGCUUGAGAGCAUCAACUACGUCGAAACUUUCCACCAUUUGAUUCUCCGAUACGAUCAAAUGCAAGGAUAUGGUAUUGACGCCGACUUGGUGCCGCUCAGACGCCAGGAUGAGGACAGCACGCCGCGGAGGAUGCCGCUCAACGGCGAGCGAUGGCAAGGCGUCAGGGAAAUGGAUGCGGCCGAAGAAGAGUACUUUAACACUUCGGAUGACGAGGAGGAGUGGACUCCGGACACUCGGGCAGCCGUUGCCGUCGGUCCGCUCAACGGGGCUGCUUCUCCGGCCGUCAAAUCCUUGGUUGACUACCCGGAUGACGACGACGACGAUGAUGUUAUGGAUACAAAACCUGAAGACGAUCAACCGGCUCAGCCAUUGGAUGCCGCAGACGUCCCUGCCGAGGGCGACACCUCUCCCGCCUCUUCCACCACUCAGACGCCACCUGCGCCUGAACGACUGGCCGAGAAGCGUCGUCGCGAGGAAGAAGAUGAGGACGAGUUGAUGAAGCUGACGGCAGGACCCAAGCGGAGAAGUUCCACGGCCAGCAAUUCCAGCGCGGGGAGUAUGCGACGGAAAAACGGCUUGUCCAUGGGUAUGGCGCCCGGUGAUAAGAGUGCCGCCCUUGGUAAUGCCACGGGCGGCGCACCGGCCAAGAAAAUUGCCAUCAACUUGGGAUCGACGUUGAAAUCGGGCGUGGACAGCGAAACGCCUGAUUCAGAAACAGCAGCCAACGAGAACAAUGAGAAAGAGAACAACGACAGUCGCGGGGAUCAAGGCGGGUAA